GGUGCUUCUGUGGUCUGGGACUGGUUUACUCCAACAAGUCGUGCACCAUGCCGCCCAUCACCUUCCAGGACCUGCCUCUCAACAUCUACAUGGUCAUCUUUGGGACAGGCAUCUUUGUCUUCAUCCUUAGCCUCAUCUUCUGCUGUUACUUCAUCAGCAAACUACGACACCAAGCCCAGAGUGAGCGGUUUGGAUACAGAGAGGUGGUACUAAAGGGAGAUCCAAAAAAGUUGAGUCUUCAUGGGCAGACGUGCGCCGUUUGUCUGGAGGACUUCAAAGUGAAAGACGAGCUGGGAGUGUUACCAUGCCAACAUGCUUUCCACAGGAAGUGUCUGGUAAAGUGGCUGGAGGUGCGCUGCGUCUGCCCCAUGUGCAACAAACCCAUAGCUGGCCCACCUGAGCAGCACCAUAGCAUAGGGACUCUGCUGGACGAACUGGUGUAACCUCUCACCCCCCUACCAGCCUGGGUGGGACGCCUGCGCCCGGCCAAACCAGCUGGUAAAAGUUAGCGACCAACAGGAAGAGGGACAUUGUUUUUGCUGUUAAAACACAGCAAAGCGGCAACAUGAUGAUAGUAAGUUGGGGUAACCUAGUUACCACUCGAAAAAGGACUAUGAAGGAUGCUGUUGCCUGGCAACCAUCUCCGAGAUGGCAACACGACACCUUGUAGUGUCUGAGAGAUUCUCUCCAGCCACCCACACAUCACUCCACCACUCUUCUUUCAACAUCCCCCUUUUCACCCGUUCCAUCACAUCUUCUCGUGUUGCCUUGAGUGAGGUUAAUGGCACCACUGAAGUGAAGGAGACACAGUUGCAUUUUUCACAUUGAUGUGAACAAAUGAGUGUUAAAGGAUGACAGUAGUGAUCCCCUCUCAGCAUGAAUGAGUGUUGUAUGCCAUGGUGGUCACUGAUAUGAGAUAUCAAAAUUGGCUGAGGUUAUUGAAACUCUCGUGAAAAAUGGAUGGAGGUCUUACAUUCUUCGAGAGAAGAAUUUUUGGGCCACAGAUGAGUUACACAGUGCUAACAGUAGAUUCCUAGAGUUUAUUAAAUUAAAAAAAUGGUAGAAGAAGGGUUUCACAAAAGUGUCUGGAGCUGUCUGGAAACAAAGGCCUGUAGAGAAUUAAUAAUACUGUAGCGAAGGCACAGACAGGGUUGAUUAAGACUGCCUUCAAGGAAAUUAAAAACUUUGGCCUAAGAUUAUAAAUUGGAGUCACACCAGUUAAAAAACAAUGAUUGAAAAGGUGGAUUAACGCCUCAUCAGUAAGACCUAGAUUAUUUGUGUUACUUAGAAGAAGCAGCUCAAACUGUAGUCCAUGUGUAGCAGAUUAAUCAGUGUUUUUGCAGAUGCGUUGAACUGAUACUGAUGUGUAAAAAUCCAUAUUUGGUGCCCACCUCUACAGUGAUAUCAUGUAUGUUCAUGCUCCAGUUGUGUUUUUUUCCACUGGGAUGUUUUAUUGUUCAGAAAUGUUUUAUUGUGUUAAUGUAGAUGGAAGGAACUGACACCUCCUGCCUGUUGCUGUAACAGUUCGGUUCUUUGUUGAUAUAUAUGUUUUUUUUUUUUUUUUGAUAUUGCACUUUGAAUUCACAAAAAAAAAAAAAAACAAUUUCCAUGCCUUUGUUCUUCACAAAUGUUAGACUAAGGUUUGGAUGCAGCACAGCAGGUCCCUUGUUUUCAGGUGUGGUGAAUCUUUUAUAAAAGUCUAUGAAGUAUCAGAGAUGCUGCUUCAUCUCAAGAUAAAGGAAGCAGCAGUACAGACCCUCGCUGUUGUUAUGUGAAUCCAUCUGGGAAGCAACUGAAUCUCACUUUCAUACAUAGCAUUUUUGUGGCAUUAUUGCUGGUGAUUCUGUUUUACAUUCCUCGGGCGUAGGUUGUUUUUAUUUUAGUUUGUUGUGAAUUACAACGAUUCAGAAAGCAAAACACUGCCUAAAUUGAGCACAAAACUCACAAAGCACAUUCUCCAGAUAGAAAAGGCACCUGCACUGAAAUUAAAUGCCAAACACACACGUAAGGCUGUUGAAGUCACAUGAGUCCGUGUGCCAAGAAAAGAAAAAACAAAUCCUGUUGCAUUUUCAACACGAGACAGAGAAACGUUCACUCUGAUUCGGGCCACAUUCCACAUUUUGUAAUCCAACAGAUGUAAAUAACUUGAAACAGUAAUAAAUACAGUUGUCUGUUU